AGUCUUACUAUAACUAGGAGUGUCAUCCCUGGAUUGUAUGUACCAGCAUCUUCCUCCAAGUAUCUCUCCAGUUUAGAACAUUCCAAGUUCAUCCCUUGUAACCAGACAAGAGCUGAUCAAUUUAACGCGGCCAAUAAACUGUCAAAAGCGGGCCAAGUGGAAGCAAACGCUACUGCUAACAAAGCACGGCAUAUCUUGCAAGCUACAAAAGGUUUAUUUGAUAAAGUUGGCAUGAAGUUUUGGUUGACUGCUGGAACGCUAUUAGGCUGGUACAGACAGUGUGGUCUCAUCGCGCACACUACUGAUGUAGAUGUGGGGACAUGGAUCACAGAAUUUAUUCCUGACCUAGAAAAACUUCUUCAUCGCCCGGGGCAACCAAUCAGAAUCAUGCACCGCUAUGGCAAGCCGAAAGAUGGCUUUGAGUUGGCAGUUCGAGGAUUCGGUAUCAAGUUGGAUAUAUUCUUCCACUAUAAAGAGACCAAGUACACGUGGACCGGUGGUUUGCGCUUUAAGACACUAGAAAAAGUACGAUGGAUUUAUCCUCGAGAUAUACCCCUCUGUUCCGCUGAGUUAUUCAAUGAUCUCUACCUUGUGCCAUGUAACACUCAAGCUAUUAUAGAAGCUGAGUAUGGACCUAAUUGGAUGCAACCUGACAAAGAGUGGGCCUGGGACAGAUCUGCACCAAAUAUGGUUGAAGCAGGAAAGUUUGCAGAAUCAGAAAAGAGAGAAGUUGUACAACGAUUUA